AAGUGCAAACCCGGAGUCUUGCUGAAGUGGAGUCCGCCUUCAAGGCGGCAUCUUUCAAGAUGCCAGGAGCCGAGACCAAGGUCUCGGAGUUGUCCGAGAGGAUCGAAAGUUUCGUGGAGGCCCUGAAGCGAGGCAGCGGGCGGCGCACCUCCGAGGACAUGGCUCGGGAGACCCUGGAGCUGCUGCGCCGGAUUAUCACGGACCACCGCUGGAGCCACGCAGGGGAGCUGAUGAAGCUGAUCCGCAGAGAGGGCCGGAGGAUGACUGCCGCGCAGCCCUCGGAGACCACCGUGGGCAAUAUGGUGCGGAGAGUACUCAGGAUCAUCCGCGAGGAGUAUGGCAGACUCCACGGACGCAGCGACGAGAGUGACCAGCAGGAGUCCCUGCACAAACUCUUGACAUCCGGAGGCCUGAGCGAGGAUUUCAGCAUCCAUUAUGCCCAACUGCAGUCCAACAUCAUUGAGGCAAUUAAUGAGCUGCUUGUGGAACUGGAAGGGACAAUGGAGAACAUCGCAGCCCAGGCCCUGGAGCACAUCCAUUCUAACGAGGUGAUCAUGACCAUUGGCUUCUCCCGAACAGUGGAGGCCUUCCUCAAAGAGGCUGCCCAGAAGAGGAAGUUCCACGUCAUCGUGGCAGAGUGUGCUCCUUUCUGUCAGGGUCAUGAAAUGGCAGUCAAUUUGUCGAAAGAAGGCAUCGAGACAACUGUCAUGACUGAUGCUGCCAUUUUUGCUGUGAUGUCAAGAGUCAACAAGGUGAUCAUUGGCACAAAGACCAUCCUGGCCAACGGUGCCCUCAGAGCUGUGACAGGAACACACACUCUGGCAUUGGCAGCAAAGCACCAUUCCACUCCACUCAUUGUCUGUGCCCCUAUGUUCAAGCUUUCACCACAGUUCCCCAAUGAAGAAGACUCAUUUCACAAGUUUGUGGCUCCCGAAGAAGUCCUGCCCUUCACAGAAGGGGACAUCCUGGAGAAAGUCAGUGUUCAUUGCCCUGUGUUUGACUAUGUCCCCCCGGAGCUCAUUACGCUCUUUAUCUCCAACAUUGGUGGGAACGCUCCCUCCUACAUCUACCGGCUGAUGAGUGAGCUGUACCACCCCGACGACCACAUCCUGUGACACUGCGCGUCCUGAGCAGACCCGCGUAGGCCCACACAGAAUGGAGAGGAGACUUCCGUGCUGCUGCCGAAACGCUGUUUCUUGGGAUGACUGGGGUCAGCUGAAAAAACUGGGUCCUGUUUCCUGCCGUUUUAGUCAUCCCACAGCAGAGACACACAUCCAGGACUGGUUUGGGUUUUGUUUGUUUGUUUGUUUUGCCUUUCAGAUCUGCAGAGAGAAGCAGGGCUUGACCUAUUGGUUUUGGAGCUUCUUAGUGACCUAGGGUGUCUGUUUCAGGAACUUAAACUUUCUGGUUCACUGGUGUGUUAAACAUAACACUGAAUAGCUUGCUGGGAUACAGGUUUUUGCUCAGAAAUGGCGACCACACCUUUUCAUAGGCUGUGCCAAUAAAAGCUGCUUGAAGGUUC